AUGGACUCUCCUGUUUACAGAGGCAUUGACCAAGAAGUUUGGUCUGACACCGGAACAGUUUGGUGAAAAUUUGCGCGACAACUACCAGAGAUUCGACUGUGAACAGUGCCAGGAGGACCCUCUCAAGGAGGCUGAGGAGCACAUCUCAAAGAUGUGUUCUACUCCUGAAAGAGUGUUGGAAGCUGCUGUGAGGAUGGUUGGGUGGCAGUUAGCAUGUGAACCCCUUGUUCGUCGUACUGUGCGUGAAGCCUAUUUUGAGCGAGCAAGGAUCAGUGCUAGACCCACCCCUCAGGGCCUGAAGAUCGUAGACGAACACCACCCACUCUAUCCCAUCAAAUACUUGAAGGACAAACCUGUCACUGACCUGCAGGGAGACCAGUUCCUGAGACUCAAGUGUGGGGUAGAGGAUAAACUCAUGACCAUUAGUCUGUCUGACACCAUCGAGGGCAACACCUCACUGAGCUAUUUGGACGAAAUGAAGCAGCUGUACUAUCGAGACGAGUUCUCCCAAGUGGUCCAAGACUGGAACGACUUGAGAGGGCGAGCAGUGACCUUUGCCUUCAAGAGGAUUAUAGAAGACCUGAAGAGAGAGCUGUCCCAGAGACUGCUGCAGGAGUCCAAGGACCAUGUGAUUGAGCAGUGUUGCAGCAAGCUCUACAACUGGAUCAAGAUCGCACCUUAUAACCCUGGCGACUUCUCUGACGAAGAUGAGGAUGACUGGGAUACCUCCAAGGGCUUCAGGGUCUUCUCCAUUGCCUAUGUGCCCGAUCUGUCACAGGCUGCCUUUGGGUGCUGCAUUGACAUCGAUGGGGAUUGUUGUGAGUACAUCCGCCUUCCUCACUUGCUCAAGCGACGCAAUGCCUACAAUGAGAGGGAUGCUCUUGCUAAGGAAAAUGACAUCAGGCGGAUGCAGGAGUUCAUCAUUCGGCGCAAGCCACAUGUAGUGGCUGUCAGCGGAGAGUCCAGGGAAGGCUUCAUGGUCAAGGAAGACCUGAUACAGAUUUUAAAAGAUCUGGAAGAGCAGGAGCAGUUCCCCAAGAUCAAUGUUGAGAUUAUUGACAAUGACUUGGCCCACAUUUAUGCCAUGUCCAAGAAGGGAGAGGCUGAUUUCCUGGACUAUCCUCCCCUGCUGCGACAGGCCAUCUCCAUUGGCCGUCGAAUCCAAGACCCUCUAAUCGAGUUUUCACAGUUAUGCAAUGCUGAUGAUGAGUUGCUCAAUAUAAAGUUCCAUUCACUGCAAGAUCAAAUAAAUAAUGCUGAACUCCUUGAUUCCUUGUACACUGAAUUUGUUAAUCGUACAAAUGAAGUUGGUGUUGACUUGAAUCGUGCUGUGGCUUACCCAUAUACUCAGAAUUUAGUGCAGUUUGUGUGUGGUUUGGGACCUCGUAAAGCUAACCUUCUCAUAAAGAACAUGAAGCAGAAUAAUCAGCGUUUAGAGAAUCGUAACCAGUUGGUGGUCAAUUUCCACAUGGGUCCGAAAGUAUUUAUUAAUUGUGCCGGGUUCAUAAAAAUUGACACCAAUGCUCUAGGAGAUAGUGAUAAUUAUAUUGAAGUUCUCGAUUCAACGCGUAUUCAUCCAGAGGCAUACGACUGGGCGAGAAAAAUGGCAGUCGAUGCCUUGGAGUAUGAGGAUGAGGAAGGCAAACCUGCAGAAGCUUUGGAAGAAAUUUUGGAAACUCCGGAACGACUGAGUGAAUUAGAUUUAGAAGCUUUCGCGACUGAACUCCAGAACCAAGGCUUUGGUAAGAAGAACACAACCUUGUAUGACAUAAGACAUGAGUUGAAUCACAGAUACAAGGACUUCAGGAUGCCUUUCAGAUCUCCCACUCCAGAGGAAAUCUUCAACAUCCUGACCAAAGAGUCCCCAGAAACAUUCUACGUCGGAAAAUUAGUGCAAGUGACAGUAACCAAUUUCAUCCAUCGAAAGCCCAGAGGAGAUCAGCUCGACAAUGCCAACCCUGUCAGAAACGAAGAUACGGGUCUCUGGCAGUGUCCGUUCUGCCUGAAGAAUGACUUCCCUGAGUUGAGUGAGGUGUGGAAUCAUUUUGAUGCAGGGGAUUGUCCUGGCCAGGCCAUUGGCAUUCGUGUACGCUUGGACAAUGGGAUAUCUGGGUUUAUUAGCAUUAAGAAUUUGUCAGACAAGACAGUGACUAAUCCAGCAGAGAGAGUGAAGAGAAAUGGCAUUGUGUUGUGUCGCAUCAUGAAGAUCGACCCAGAGAAGUUUUCAGUCGAACUAACCUCUCGAACCUCAGACCUUCAGGAUCGCGAUGGCAAGUGGAAAGCUCCUAAGGAUGCAUACUACGACUAUGAGACGGAGGAGAAGGACAUGAACAGCAGUA